AAUACUACCUUCUAUCACAGUCAACACUCAAUAUUUAAAUAAUGGACUCAAACAAAAUAGACAAUAUGGAAAUUGAAAAUCUAUUGAUGGGUUAUUUUAAGUCGAGAUCAUAUCCGCCGUACAGGGACGAGGGAUAUCAUGGGCCAACAGAACGUGAUCACACGGCUGAAGCAGUUAGGUCGAAAUACCAUAAGCAUAAAACUAGUGUAUUCGAUUUCAAAGCGUAUUUUUCGAUGACGAGUUUACCCGGAUUCCAUUAUUUCGUGGACGACUAUUUUAGUAAUUUUGGAAAGUACGUUUGGGCGAUUUGUCUGAUCAGCGUUUAUGCGCUAUCCGGGUGGACAGUCUAUUUGUCGGUUAUGCAUUUUCUUCGAAAUUCUGCGAUAAUUACUUUAGAGAACGAAGCUUCGUCCACUUGGACGAUACCCUUUCCGGCUGUUACUAUAUGUAGUUCAGACAGAAUACGCAGUUCGGUUUAUAAUUUUUCAUACGUCAACUAUUCCACGGUGGACGAACGAAUCACGUGGAACGCAGUACACAGUAUGUGUGAUCUCCAAAUGGAUUCGAACAAUCACCAAUUGUACGAAGAAUUUCUAGACGGGCCUUUUGUUACACAGCUAGUGAAAAAUUUGUCGUUUUCGUGCGAGGAAUUAGUUUUAGGUGUUGAUUGGUUAGGCCAUCAGGAAGACAACGCGUGUAAAAUGUGGUUUCAAGAAACGUUCACUAUGCACGGUCUCUGUUUGACGUUUAACAUGAUGCCUAUCGGAGAGAUGCUACGCGGAGUGGACGAAUGGUCGUUAGACAACGCGCUGCAGUGGAAAAACUACACCAGCAAUUGGUUUCCCGAAACUGGAUUUUCCAAAGACGCCUUGGAAGUUAAACUGCCCAUGAGAACAAACGAGGAACACGAAUCUUUUAAUUUCCGUUCCAGGCUACUUUUCAAUGAAAACCCCAAUAAACAGUGCUCGAACAAUUUGAACGUGUACUACAUAUUGAUUCACAGUCCAGCAGAGUGGCCAGUCGACUCCCACCAGACGGUCGUGGUUCCACCCGGUAUUAUAGAAAACGUUGGCCUAAAACCAGUGGUGAGCUCGAUUACCGCGGAGUUAGCCGUGUGGAAGCCAAAAGAUAGACAAUGUUACUAUCAAAACGAAAAGCGGUUAAAAUACUUUAAGUUUUACACACAGAAAAAUUGCAUUUUGGAAUGUCGCAGUGAAAGUAUUGUAAAGCGCUGUGGAUGCGUACCGUACUAUUUGUUUAGAACAAAGAAUACUCCAGUGUGUGGUCCUGCAAAAUCAGAAUGUUGGUUAUCUGUGUUGCAGGAUAAAGUUGAACCUUGCGAGUGUUUACCAGAUUGCAACGUACUGUCUUUUGAUUUGCUAAAGUCGAACGCAAUUAAUUUUUUUGAUCCGUCCGAUUUUCCAAAUCGCAAAGAUAAUAAAAUCUUCAACGGAGCAGAAAUAAGAGUUUUUUAUCAAAGUAGCAACUAUUUGGGAUAUCAGAGAAUAACUAUCUACACACUUUCUCAAUUUGUCGGUGCAGUCGGCGGAUUAAUGGGAUUUUACAUGGGCUUCAGCAUUUUGAUUUUAUUUGAACUCGUGUAUUUUAUAACGCUCAGACCGUUUGUAAACUAUUGGAAUGCAAAGAAAAAAAUGAAAAAAAUUGAUAUUAUUUCAUUAUAACCAUUGUAUAAGAGAGAAUACAAAUAGUAUUGUUUUUUAGUUGUAUUUUACAUCGAUGUUCAUUAAAUCUAAUCAUGAUUUUCAAAAUUUAAAUCAAAACGAACUAGAAUUUACAUUUUCUUUUAUAUUACUAUAAUAAUUCACCUCUUCUCUUUGUUGUUUUCUUUAUAGUUCCUCCCCAUUUCUUGCGUUUUCACUCUGUAUUUCGUUGCCAAAAACUGUGGUAUGGACCCGUCAAUCUACUGACUGAUACAGUAGGAUAAUGCACGUAUAGCUUUUUAUUUUGAUUACUUUAUAAUAUUAUACUUGCACUUAAACUAUUUAACUAAGUUAUGUAUGAUUUUAAUUUAUUGUAUUUUAC